AUGUGGUGGCCAUCAUUACCCUAUAUAAGAACAUGGACAAAUUUUUGGAUACUAGGCAUGGCCUAUGCUUUUUUCUGUUGGUCUAUUUUCAUCCUAUACUGUUUAUACUAUCAAUUAAGCAAGAUCCGUAUAUACUACAUACGAAAAAAAAGAAUUGUCCAUAAACAAGAUGACUUGACUAUGCAUUUGCCUGGAUCCAGACUAUUUCAUCGUCUUGACUAUGUUAUUCGCAUUCCUUAUGUAACUGAUAUGAUUUCUUUAAAACAAAUAGCAGGCAUCUUGCUUUUUAGUCUUAUCAAUCUGUAUUUUAUUUUUUUCGUAUGUCCGUAUGAGCCCGCACCAUACCACUUGGCCAUUCUUGACCGCCGCGCAGCCUUUACAGGGAUGGUGGACUUGGGCCUUGUAUUCUUCUUUGCUCAACGAAACUCACUACUACCCAAGAUAUGUGGCUUGACUUUUGAAGAGCUUAUACCUUUUCACCGCAUUUUCGCUCGCAUUGGGUUCUUGAAUUUUGUGCCACAUCUUGUAUAUCGAGUAUGGGAUGGAUAUAUAAAAAAGUACAGCAUAUAUGACGCCUUUUUCUUUAACAAGGAAUACACAACUGGCACUAUAGCAACUGCUGUCUAUAUUGUCAUGUUUGCCACUUCAUUAGAAUAUAUACGUCGACAUCAUUUUGAGUUAUUUUAUUAUUGUCAUAUUGUUUUCCUGAUUCCCGCAAUCGUUUUCACUUGCUGGCAUUAUCCAACUUGCCUUGCAUUUUAUACACCAGCAGUUGCACUUUGGCUUGCUGAUCGAGUGGUUCGUUCUUACAAAUCAUGGAUAAUUAAACCGUCUUUUGUUCAAGUAGAGCAAGUUACGGCGCAAACAGCAACACAAGAAGGGAUUGUACGCAUUCUGUUUCAAAGCAAACUCUUGAACAAUUUCAAGCCCGGUCAAUACAUAUUUGCUGCUAUAGUUAUUAACAAACACAAGUUUUGGGAAUAUCUAAACUGGCAUCCUUUUACUAUCUCUAAAGUCUUUGAGACCCAUCAGCAAGAUGUUAUACAUAUAGAGGAGACAGCCACCAGUCUUGUGAAUGAAAUAACCAAUCUGAACGAAAGCAGCAAGCUUCUUCAACAUAAAAUUAGUUCUGUUCAUAUCAAAUCGCUUGGUACCAAGACACAAGAUCUCUUAAAUGCUUCUGUUGAUAACAACAAAUUAUCAAAUGAUCUUAAGAUUUAUAUUGAUGGUCUGUAUGGACCUCAACUUCCAUAUCAAGAUUACCCUAUUCUUGCAUUGUUCGCAACUGGGAUUGGUGUGACACCCGCGUUAGCCAUUAUCCAAGAUAUUGUAAAAAAGAGAUCGAAAGGUGUACGCACUAUAGUUAGUGAUCGUAUUUAUCUCUGUUGGGCUAUCAGAGUGAGUGACGAAAUCGAUCCUUUUAUGGAAAUGUUUACAGAAUGGGAAAAUCAAAUCAAGACAGCUGUUCUGCCAAUUCACUUGAGUGUUGAUAUCUAUAUAACAAGAAUGAAGAGACAAAGCCAUCCUAUCGGGCAAUAUAAAGGUUUCAAACUAAAGUUUGGUGAACGACCGCAAGUGGAUACAGAGAUGGAAAAAAUCAAAGUGGAAAAUAAGCAUCGUUAUAGAGUGUGGGCACAUGUUUGUGGCUCCACUCCUUUUACACGCAACGUUAUUAAUGCAGCACUUCGUGUCAAUUUUCAUGUUCACCAUGAAACCUUUGAAUUUUGA